AUGGCAGCUUCUAUACCCGAAGCGCUUCGGAACGUCAAGGCCUUGACCUUUGAUGUUUUUGGCACCGUUGUGGACUAUCGCUCGAGUGUCCACCAGGAACUCGUGAAGCGUGCCCGGGAGAAGACGACGUCUCCGACCUUCGGCACAUUGCCCGAAUCGUCGCAGGCUCGCCUAAAAGCGAUGACCGACGACGAUUGGGCCACGUUUACACAGGAAUGGAGGAUAACCUACUACGUAUUUACACGGGAAUUUGUGCCUGGCAAGUCGGAGUGGAAGGACAUUGAUACUCACUUCUACGACGCUCUUCGGGAACUGCUAGACAAAUGGGGACUCUCCGGCAUCUACACAGACGACGAGGCGCGAUCCAUAAACCAGAUCUGGCACCAUCUCAAACCGUGGGAUGACUCCGCGGCAGGCAUCCAGCGACUGGGGACCCGGCUUGUCACAUCGACGCUAUCCAAUGGCAACCAAUCCAUUCUCACAGAUCUUAACGAGUACGGGGGUCUAGGCUUCCGGAGAAUAAUAUCAACUGCCGACUUUGGCGCUUAUAAGCCGCAUCCGAGUACAUAUUUGGGUGCAGCAAAGUCUCUUGGGUUUCGGCCCGAGGAAGUGGCUAUGGUUGCGGCUCAUCUGGGGGAUCUUGCAGGAGCACGGUCGAAUGGUUUUAGAACGAUCUACGUGGAGCGGCCUAGGGAAGAAGCCUGGGGCGCUGAAGAAGACCGCUACAAGGAAGCUCGGGGAUGGGUUGAUCUAUGGGUUGCUCGAGGUGAAGGUGGCUUUCUUGAAGUAGCAAGGAGACUCGGUAUAUCCGAGUAA